AUGUCCAACACUGACGCACACUUCGAAGGCUGGGUCGGCCACGACAAGUCGUGCAUCGGCAACAUGAAGUGGGAGAAGUUUGAGCCCAAGCAGUGGCGCGAGACCGACAUCGAGAUCAAGAUCGAGUGCUGCGGUGUCUGCGCCUCGGACCUGCACACCGCUCGUUCCGGUUGGGGUCCCACCCGCUACCCCUGCGUCGUCGGCCAUGAGAUCGUGGGUACCGUUUCGCGCGUCGGAAAGGAGACUAAGGGCUUCAAGAUCGGCGACCGUGUCGGCGUGGGUGCGCAGUCGGACUCGUGCAAGAAGUGCUCCGCCUGCAAGGACGGCUUGGAGCCGUGGUGUGAAAACGGCAUCGUUGGCACAUACAACGGCGACUACUCUGCCACCGACGGCUCGGGCUACUCGAUGGGUGGCUAUGCGACCUACUCGCGUGUUCCCGCCCACUUUGCCGUGCACAUCCCCGAGUCGCUCCCCUCGGCCGUCGCUGCCCCCCUGAUGUGCGGUGGUGUCACGGUGUACAACCCGCUCAAAUCCAACGGCUGCGGUACCGAGGGUGUCAAGAACGUCGGUGUGGUGGGUAUCGGUGGUCUUGGUCACUUUGCCCUCAUCUUUGCCAAGGCGCUGGGUGCCGAAAAGAUCACGGCCAUCUCGCACACGCAUUCCAAGGAGGAGCUGGCGCGCAAGCUGGGUGCGACCGACUUCAUCGCUUCGGGCGACAAGGACCCGUACUCGGCGCACAAGCGUUCGCUCGACCUGCUCAUCCUCACCAACAUGCCCAUCUCGGACUACCUCACCCUCGUGCGUCCGCGCGGCAAGAUCGUCGCCGUCGGCGUACCCGAGGAGCCCUGCCAGCCUACUCCGCUCCCCGGCCUCGCCUUCAGCGGCGUCUUCCUCGGCGGCUCGCUCAUCGGUGGCCCCGGCAUCAUCGCCGAGAUGCUCGAGCUCGCAGCAAAGCAGAACCUCAAGCCCAUGAUCGAAGAACGCGACAUGAAGGACGCCAACCAGGUCGUCUCCGACAUGGACGCCGGCAAGCCCAGAUUCCGAUACGUCAUGGUUAACAAGGACUACACCCCCGUCCAGGCCUGA